AUGGACAGCGAGGGGGACAGCGAGGGGGAGCGCUCGCGCACGGCAGAGGAAGGUAUGCUUACAAAGUUCUACCAGCACAGUCUUGCCUUGGUGUUUGCCAUAAAUGAGAUCAAUUCCAAUGCCAAGAUCUUGCCCAAUGUCACCCUUGGAUUCCUCAUCUAUGACAGCUACUAUUAUGAGAAGAUGACGUACCAGGGAGGGGACCUUGUGAUUGGUGGGAUUACUUCACAGAUCAUUUACAGCCUUUAUGAAACUUUCUUCAAGAAACAUCCGUCGAACUACCUGGCUGAGGUGCCAAUGAUUGUGACCAAGUUCUACCAACACCUCCUGGCUUUGGUGUUUGCCAUCAAAGAGAUCAAUGAGAAUCCAAAAAUCUUGCCCAACGUCACCCUUGGUUUUCACAUUUAUGACAGCUACAAUGACUUUAAGAUGACCUAUCGCACCACUCUGGACCUGCUCUUUCAUUUUCACAGAUUUCUUCCCAACUAUAAAUGUGACAUUCAGAAAAAUACAAUAGCUGUCAUCGGUGGACUCGGCGCAGACGUCUCCUUUCGCAUAUCAGAUAUCUUAGGUCUUUACAGGAUUCCACAGGUUGUGCCUGUUUCUGUGUGCAAUGACUACUGCCAACCUGGUUAUCAGAAGAAAAAGAAGGAAGGGGAGAAGUUUUGCUGCUACGAUUGUGUUCCUUGUCCAGCAGAUAUGGUUGACUGUAUCAGAUGCUCAGAAGAACAAUACCCAAGCAAGGACCAAGAUGGGUGCAUUCCUAAAGUUUUAACCUUCUUGUCCUUUGAUGAACCUUUAGGGAUCAGUUUAGCUUCAGUUGCAAUUUCAUUUUCCAUGGUAACGGCCUUGAUUCUAGGUACAUUUAUAAAGCACAAAAAUACCCCAAUAGUCAAAGCCAAUAACUGGGAUAUCACAUACACUCUCCUGGUUUCCCUGCUGAUUUGCUUCCUCAGUCCUUUGUUAUUUCUUGGAUUCCCUAAGAAGGUGACCUGCUUCUUCCGACAAUCUGCUUUUGGCAUUAUCUUCUCCGUGGCUGUUUCUUGUGUGUUGGCCAAAACGAUCACUGUGAUAGUAGCUUUCAUGGUAACCAAACCAGGAUUCAGCAUGAGGAAGUGGGUGGGGAAAAGACUGCCCGUAUCCAUUAUCCUUACUUGUUCCCUCAUGCAAUCAGGCAUUUGUGUCGUGUGGUUGGGAACCUCUCCCCCUUUCCCACAUUUUGACACACAGUCACUGACUACUGAGAUAGUGGCAGAAUGCAAUGAAGGGUCAGUCUUCAUGUUUUAUAUUGUCCUUGGGUACAUGGGGCUUCUGUCGCUCAUCAGUUUGACUGUAGCUUUCCUAGCCAGAAAGCUGCCAGACACUUUUAAUGAAGCCAAAUUUAUUACCUUCAGCAUGUUGGUCUUUUGCAGUGUUUGGUUGUCUUUUGUUCCAACUUACCUGAGCACCAAAGGGAAAUCCAUGGUAGCCGUGGAGAUCUUCUCUAUACUGUUCUCCAGUGCAGGGUUACUGGCCUGUAUUUUUUUCCCCAAGUGCUAUAUCAUUGUGUUGAAGCCUGAGCUGAACAAGAGAGAACUGCUAAAAAGGCAAAAGUGUUAA